AGUCUGGAACGCGGAAGUAGCAGUAAAGUCUCCAUGUGGGAUCCGUUUUGUGUGUUUAGCGACCGAUGCGUUUGUGCCGACAGGUUGUUAUUAAUAAUCGAUUCCACUGGGGAUGCCCAAGUGGCGGGUUACUAACUGAUUUUUCGGACAUUUUUUGGAGGCAGUGCAUCUGCCAGCAAACUACGCUUCUGGAAUAAGAAUGACUGAAAAACUGCUGAAAGAAGCAUUUGUAAGCAACCUGAAUGGAACAAACAUUUCAGAAAUUACAGCAGGUUUAAGCAUAUCUUCCCUGUGCUUUCUUUUUAGAGGUUUAAUAUUUGUUCUGUACCAGGAGAAAUAUGGUCCACUAAAUUAUUCCUGGAAAUUUCACCUGUUAUUGGAUUACAUUCUUCUUGUGUUCCCGCUGGUUCUGUCCUGCACCGUAUUUUCUGACUUUCUUUAUGUUGUUCCACUAAGUUACAUCACAGCUUGCACUCUUCUAUUUUACAUUAUUUACAAAAGGAGGACUAAUUGUGUGAAAAGACAAUUGUUUGGAGUCAUUAAAUCUUUCCUAAAUGUACAUGUUGAAAGUAGAACUAUGCCACCUGUCACAAACUUUCGUGUUUUCCUUAAUAUUCUUACUGCUAUCGCUAUACUUGCAGUUGAUUUCCCAAUAUAUCCUCGAAGAUAUGCAAAAACAGAGACUUAUGGAACAGGUGUCAUGGACCUCGGUGUGGGAGGUUUUAUUUUUGCCAAUGCAAUUGUUUCUCCAGAAGCUAAAGCAAGAGAGAAUUUAUUUUGCAAUAGAUUUUCAAACCUGAAGAAGCAACUGGUGUCUGUGUGGCCCUUCCUUAUUCUGGGGUUUGGGAGGCUAAUCUCUGUCAAAAAAGCAGAUUAUCAUGAACAUGUGUCGGAGUAUGGUCUUCACUGGAAUUUCUUUUUUACACUGGCAGUUGUAAGAGUAUUAGCAUCAUUUCUGCUGGCUGUCUUCCCCACACAAAAGUCAUGGGUUGUAGCUGCAACAUCUGUUUCUCUUUAUCAAGUAGCCCUUGAAACUACAGGCUUGAAAGACUUUGUUUUUUAUGGCAGCGAUGGAAAAGGCACAAGAGUUGGUUUCCUCAAUGCAAACAGAGAAGGUAUUGUGUCUGUCACUGGAUAUGUAGCCCUAUAUAUGGCUGGUGUGCAGGUUGGAGUGUAUGUUCUAAAGAAACGUGCCGUUCUUAAAGACUUGAUAACUGCCUUGUGGACCCUUAUUAUAAUAGCAUUGUCGCUUUUUGCCAUCCUUCACUUAUUUCAGAUGUACAUUGAACCUGUUUCUCGCAGGUUAGCAAAUUUAACUUUUUUUAUCUGGACUAUUGCACAAUGUCUCUCAUUGCUCUGUUUUAUAUUUCUUAGUGAUUUGCUUAUAGUGUUUGCUAAAUUUUUAGUCACUGGAAGCAGAAUUCCAGGCACAUGGGUAAUAUGUAAUUCGUCAUUUUCAACAAAAAAUCAAAGCAUAAAAAGGACAGAAGACAAAGAAUCGAUAAAGAAUAAUUUCUGCCUAAUUCAAGCAAUAAGUAGAAAUCCGUUGCUCUUUUUUUUGCUGUCAAAUGUCAUGACUGGUUUAGUAAACAUAGUGAUGAAUACCAUGAACACCACCAGCUUCUUAUCAUUACUUGUGCUUGUCCUUUAUAUGUUUUUCACCUGUUUAAUUGUAUAUUUCCUUCAUGUCAAUAAUGUUAAUGUAAAAUGGUGGUAAGUACAGGUUGUCUUAUUAACUAUGGGUCAUUAACAGUACUGUUGCUAAAAUGGAGGGACCAGACUAAUAAAACUGAUUUUACAGUGUUGAGCAAGCCUAACCACAUAAGCUGAAUAUUGUGACAUUAAUGAAUAAUCAAAUAAAGGCAAAACAUAUUUUUUGUAAAUUGCAAGAUUGAUGGAGUGGAUUUACUGUAUAUGCAAGCAAUUGUAGAAUUAAAGAAAGAUGUCUUUAUUCCA